AAAUUUAUAAUUGUUAGCUUUUGGAGGGAAUGGCAUUGGACUUCGCUGCGGGAUGCGUGGGAGGCGCUGCAGGUGUUUUGGUUGGACAUCCUUUUGAUACUGUAAAGGUGAGACUUCAAGUUCAGAAUGUGGACAAACCUCUGUACCGUGGUACGAUCCACUGCUUCCAGUCCAUCAUACGCCAGGAGUCGGGGCUUGGUCUGUACAAAGGCAUUGGUUCUCCCAUGAUGGGGCUGACCUUCAUCAAUGCCAUUGUGUUUGGCGUCCAGGGCAACGCCAUGCGUGAGCUGGGUCAUGAUACACCACUCAAUCAGUUCCUGGCUGGAGCCUCUGCCGGAACCAUCCAGUGUGUUAUCUGCUGCCCUAUGGAACUGGCCAAGACACGCAUGCAAAUGCAAGGAACUGGAGAAAAGAAGUCAAAGAGGAAGAUGUACAAGAACUCCCUGGACUGUCUGGUGAGAAUCUACAAGAGGGAGGGAAUCCGUGGCAUCAACCGUGGCAUGGUGACAACACUGAUUCGUGAGACGCCGGGAUUCGGUGUGUACUUCCUGACUUACGAUACCUUGACGCGUUCCCUGGGCUGUGAGCCGGAGGACCCUUACAUGAUCUUCAAGCUGUUGUUUGCUGGUGGAAUGUCCGGCAUUGCUUCCUGGAUCUCCACCUACCCCGUAGACGUAAUCAAGUCCCGCCUCCAGGCAGAUGGGGUCGGGGGGGUGAAUCAGUACAGUGGCAUCAUGGAUUGUGUCAGGCAGAGUUUACGGAAGGAAGGGUGGAGGGUGUUCACGCGUGGGCUCACAUCCACACUGCUGCGUGCCUUCCCAGUCAAUGCUACCACGUUUGCCACAGUGACUAUGUUCUUAAUGUACAUGCGCAAAGGGGAAGAGUGUGUCAUGCAGGACAGUGAGCCACAGUCUGUCCCUCUGCAGCCUCUGCAGCCACAGGCACAACCAACCAGCAUGUGAUCUGGUUCAGGAUUCUGUUUGUGGCAAAGCCUUCUGUACAGCAGUGAGCAGAGGCACACUGCUCAGCAAGUGUGUUUCGCCUUGCAAGGUUUUGAAAGCCAUGACAAAGUAUAGAAAGAAGUUGGAGCUUUAUAUAGGUCUGUAAUCAGUUUAUUGGUUUCCACAAUAUGAGCAAGGUGAACUGAGUAUCUGUCCAAGGAAACUCGAUCCUCUGAGCUCCUGCAAAAUGACCACUUGUACGUAGUAUAGAUUCAAGAAGUUAGGUUUUUUUUUUUUUUAAAUAAUUAUAUUUUAUGACAAACAGCACUUGUAAAUAUGGUCUCUUUUAAAAGGUCCUUGGUUUUGUACAGAGCAGUUUUGUAACCUGGUAAGUGUUAAGAAAUUUAGGAAAAUUAAUGGUUACACUGACGGUUAACAUGAAUUACAGUGUCAGGUAAAAAUUCACUGCUUGGCCUAACCCUACACAUUUUUAGUCAAAUACUCAAGUGUCCUCAUUGUCGUCUUCAUGUCAUAUUGGAGUAUUAAGGUUUACACAACCAAAAAAGAUGCCUGAAUAUUGUAGAGAAUACAAGUCUAGUUACUUUAGUAGCUAGGUGGAAUGAAAACGUCACCAUGCUUGUGAAAUGCUAAAACCUUUGUUUUUUGCAGUUGGUACAUGAAUUCGAGCAUCUAAAUGCAUUUAAAAAUAAAACUUAGAUUUGCACCAAUCUAAGUUUUGAGUGCAUUGAAGAAAAGAAAAUGAAGUAGGAUAUGCAAUGAUUAGUAAAUGCAGGUUCCUGUCUUGUUUGGUGGUGGUGAACGCUUUCCAUAAUUUCAACUUGGAAUUGCAAUUUGCUGUGAUCAGUUGGAGAAUUAGGUAAGCUAAUUUAAGUUUCAAAUCAAAUUGUUCAUCAAGACCAUCACAAAUUUAUUAAAAGUAAAAUGGAUGAAAAUCAAACUUGAAACCUUUAACUUGAUUUAGGUGAAUGAGGGCUUGACAUUCUCUACAAGUUUAAAGAUGAACGCUCCGACAUUUGUUCUCAGAAGGGCAUCAUCCAGAGCCCCUUACCAGUCACUAUUUAUUAUGAAUGCAGCAUGUCAACUUUAUCGUCAUAAUUGUUACAAAGCUAUUGUAAUAAUUGUUACAAAUUUACAAAGGCAGCCUUGUACGUGCACAGUACAUGUAUAUGUAGAUAUUGUUGUAUUUAUGUGUAUUUAUGACUUUUUCUGAGGCUGCACACCGUGUGCGUAGUUGAAUGAAACUUUCCUAUGAAAAGUCAUGUUACUGCAGUCCCAGGGACUGUCAAACUAUCAGUCUAAACCACACACUGACCUUUGAGAGCGGAUCCUGUCGAGUCAUCUAUUGAGCUUUUUACCAAGUGAAACUUUUGUAAUGAGCCUUUUUCCUUCCCUUCCUCAGUCUAUUUUUGUAUAACCAUAGUGGUUGCUGGAAUAAAUCAAAUCAUCACCGAUAACUGGUCUGGUCUGGAUAUAGGCCUCACAAAUGCUUCAUCUAGAUACAAUGUAUUUUAAGGGUCGUUUACUUUCCCCGCAACGUUUUGUGAAUAUUUCUUCUUGAAUACUUCGUUUUCUGCAUGUGGAUACAAACACACGACGAUAAUCCAAGCUUUGAUACAAUCACUGAUUAGAAAAAAAAUAAACUGUAAAAUCUUAAGUCUUGUUUCACAUUUUGUGCAAUGUCCAAAGAAAGCACCUUAAUGCUAAUCCUUAGGAUAGCAUUUACAAAGUUAAUGGGGAAAAUCUUCGGGGUUGAGUUUUUGAUUUGUUAUCUAAAGUUGAUUCCAUUUGUCACAUGUCCAGUUCCUAACCAGUAAAUAGUUUGUUCCGCUAUACGGGGAAACCGCUUUUUAAAUAUGGGUUGUUUUUUUUUUUAAGUCCAUUGACAUGAAGUGAUGAUUUGUACAGACAUCAUGUGAGCUUCUACUAGAAUUGACUGUUUUGUCUAUCUCUUCAUCUUUCCGCCCAACCUCUUCAUCUAAAAAGUGUAAAAGAAUAAAAUGUGUUGGCUCUUGAACGACAUUGAUACUGAUGCUAUAUUUUCCCAUGUUCUCCAUCACUGUUACAUACAUUUACUUAAAGACUUCAAAUCUGUGCCUCUUUCGUUGUGAACUCUUCAUGCUUGGUCUGCGUGAACUGGUUGGAUGAAAUGUGAGUGCUGUUGUCAUUUUAGAAACACGCCUGAUAAUUUUCCCCACGUCUUGUACCAUCUGUAUAUCUUGCAUUGAAGCGGUUUGUAGUUCUCUGAAUGAAUGUCUUAAAUAAAAACCU